CAGAAAGAGGAAGAAGAAUCGGUAUAUACUGGCUAGCAAACGUGCCACGUCCUGACGUCUCUCCUCUUGAAAAGAAGCUUUUCCUAAAGAGCAGGCACGCUGUGAAUGGAUUGGACCACCCAGAGGAUCAAGAUUUGUUCUGCAGCUCACUACCCAGAGCUAGCUCUCCAGGGGACUUACAGGUAAAGCUUUCUGAAGAUUUGCAUCUUAGGAAGCAAACUUGAAAGGACCUUAAACUGUGACGCUUAGAAUCAGCAGCUUGAGCGUACUCUGACGUUACAACGUAAGAACAGGGGCUACAAUAAGAAGGAAACUUUGUGGAGGUACUACGGUGCCAGAAAGAGGCACCAAGCAGACAUUCCUGGAGAACAUGGAUGAAGCUGAAAAUCUGACAAUAUCUUCUGCCAGUAAUAACACAUGCCACGACACGAUCGACGACUUCCGCAAUCAAGUGUACUCCACAAUGUACUCUAUGAUCUCUGUUGUGGGUUUCUUUGGCAAUAGCUUUGUGCUCUAUGUCCUCAUAAAAACGUAUCAUGAGAAAUCAGCCUUCCAAGUAUACAUGAUUAAUCUAGCCAUAGCAGAUCUACUGUGUGUUUGUACAUUGCCUCUCCGUGUGGUCUAUUAUGUGCAUAAAGGCAAGUGGUUCUUUGGUGACUUUUUGUGCCGCCUCACCACAUAUGCCUUGUAUGUUAACCUCUACUGUAGCAUCUUCUUUAUGACAGCAAUGAGCUUUUUCCGGUGUGUUGCUAUUGUUUUUCCUGUCCAGAACAUUAAUUUGGUUACACAGAAAAAAGCCAGGUUUGUGUCUAUUGGAAUUUGGAUUUUUGUGAUCUUGACUAGUUCUCCAUUUUUAAUGUCCAAAUCUUACCAAGAUGAGAAAAACAAUACUAAAUGCUUUGAGCCCCCACAGGACAAUCAAACUAAAAAAUAUGUUUUGGUCUUGCACUAUGUGUCAUUAUUGGUUGGCUUCAUCAUCCCUUUUGUCAUCAUAAUUGUCUGUUACACAAUGAUCAUUCUGACCUUACUAAAAAAUUCAAUGAAAAAAAAUCUGCCAAGUCGUAGAAAGGCUAUAGGAAUGAUCGUAGUUGUGACAGCUGCCUUUUUAAUUAGCUUCAUGCCAUAUCAUAUUCAACGAACUAUCCACCUUUACUUUUUACACAGUGAAGCUAGACCCUGUGAUUCUGUCUUAAGGAUGCAGAAGUCAGUGGUCAUAACCUUAUCUCUAGCUGCAUCCAAUUGUUGCUUUGACCCUCUCCUAUAUUUCUUUUCAGGUGGAAACUUUAGGAGAAGACUAUCUACAUUUAGAAAGCAUUCUUUUUCUAGUAUGACUUACAUACCCAAGAAGAAAGCUUCCUUGCCAGAGAAAGGAGAAGAAAUUUGUAAAGAAUAAAUCAAACCCAUCUCCAGUGCAGAACAAUGACAAGUAUUUCCCUAAAUUGCAAUUAAAAAAUAGUUUCCCAAUUAUAAUUUACAAAUUAUUAAAUAUAUCUCAUUUAUAAAUCCUAUCAUUUGAUAUUUUAAGUGUUCAAAAUUCAGUUUAUCACUGACCUAAGCCAUAGUUUUUUUUUUACUAUUCCCCAGAAGGUAGAAAAUAUUUGAGGUUCUGAUCUAUAAAACUGAAUAUGAAAUCAAGAUAUUUUCUUUUUAAAUAAAGGGCUAAUAAAGGAUAUGAACUAGAAUUUGAGCCCAGCUCAUAAAUAUAGCUUUAAAAUUAGCAAAUAGUCAUCAGUCAUUCUAACUUGUCCCUUUGCAUGCAUGCCAUCAGAUGAGACCUGGAGAUGACCCAGAAGCUACAGAUAUGUAAGAUCAGCCUAUUUCUUUGUAGUACUGACUAGCGAGGCAAAGCAGGGCCCCAUCUUCCAGAAGAGAAUGUUCAAGUACUAGAACAGACCAGUAUUCAGCCAAAUAACUCUACAGUCUGCAUGCAAUUUACAAUCUGGAAACCAAGGGAGAUAAAUACGAUAAAAAGCCAGCUUGUCUCCAAUUCUCUUCUGUCCUUGCUUGACUCAAACCUCCAAAAGAGAAUGGGUUUUUUCUCACUUAUUGGGGUUCCUAUUAUGAAUUCAAUCCUAACUGAAAAUAUUGGAUUAAUGAAUAAACCAACUGACGUUGCUAUAUGUGAACAGAAACAAUUAAAAUUCAUCUGAAGAAAAGGAAAGAGAUCUAUCUUUCUACAUGAGUUUUAUUCUGAUCAAAAUUUACUAUAUAAGAUAGAAGAAAAUUUGAAUAGCUAUCAUUCUCUUAAGAAGUGCACUUAUGUAUAUGUAUAUAAAUAUAUGUAAUCUAUUCUGUACAUCUUGUUCUAU